GGUACGUUCAUCGGUGCGUACACGUUGUGUUGAGCCGUUGUGCGCUUUUGUUAGUACGUCCAGAGGAAAGCCCAUUAAAAAGCUGUAGCAGCCCUUCGUCCGCGAACACGCGCAGCAGUACGGUGCGGCCCUUAAAAGCGCGCGCGUUGCUGUUAUUAUUUAUGGCUACGCACCCGUUGCGCAAAACGGAAGAAAGAAUUCUUUCACCCGAGUAAACCCGCGCGCGUGUGUGUGAAUGUGUGUGUACGUUUAUGUGCGCGGCCAGGUGUAAUUGAACUUUCCGAAGCAUCGAGCGGAAAGCCCUAAACGAUCUGUUGCCAGGGCUACGGCCAAAGUCGAGUGAGUGAAGACGCAUCGCAGGCGCAAAAUAGUGAGAUCGCAGUGAGCUGAGGAAAGUGCGCGGAAGUAAAAGAGUUGAGUCAAGAAAAGAAAUCGUUUAAAACCAAACCAGGCACGGCCAUAGUAUCGGGCCAUCUUGAAAGCAGCCAACCAGCAGUGAAGAAUAACCCUGUUGUGCUGUGUGUGCGGUGCGUACAAAGUUUGUGUGCCGCCGGGUGCAAAGAAUAGGGGUGAAAGCAACCGAAAGCUGAAACGGAAGAGAACGGAAAAUGUGUCCCCGCCAUUCUGCCCGUGUCUGACUUUCUUCCAAAGCGGCCGACGAAGGGUGUCGACGGAAGCCACGGUGGUUUCCUCCAAACGGCGGUUCUGGUUGGGCUUCUGGUAUUCUCGAAUUCUCCCCAUCAGCCUUCGCAAUUUCGCCGUUAUCGCACCGAACCGGCGCCGUUCGUCAACGGUUUCAUUUCCGAGGAUAUCACCCUCUCGUCACCACCCGUCCCCGCGGGCAGGCGGAAGGGUUUGCUUUCACCUGUUCGGAUGCGGAAUAAAGUGAGAACCGGCUCGCGUAUACAUAAAUAAAGGCGAAAUUAAAUAACUUCUUCCCGGAGAGACGGAAACCCCUACCCGAAUAAAGCCAUCGCGGGCUCCCGGUGGAAGGACCUCCUGUGGAUCGUUGUUGAUUUUUGUGCGUUGUUUGAAAACAAGCGGAGUGUUUGGUUCGUGUUGAUUGGCGUUGCCCUGGACGCGGCAACCAACGGGCGUUUUCGGUGUCUUCUGGCGGUUUUGUGAGGGAUCCUUGGGGCACGCGAACGUUUGGUGAAGACACGCGCCAACCUUGGACCAGGUCGAAAGCGGACGCUUUGCGUAAAGCACCGGUUCGCAUUUAUCAUAUCUUUCCGUUGUUUUUGCCACUAUGCGCCACCGGCUGCCGACGCCGGAACACGGGAUGAUUGAUAGUGCGGCCUGGAAGAUCAUGACCAGCGGUUCCAGCGGCAACAGAGGCAGCAGCGCAGCAGCAACAACCGAUGCGGACUUGAAAUCGGAACGAACGUAGAGCAAAAAACCACUCGAGAGCGCGGCAAAAGCGGCAACAAGUGAAACCGGCACGACACCGGGGUUCGGGGAGCUUUUUGGGAGAGUGGUUUGGAGAAAUUUGGCAGGCUAACGGUGACACCAUUUCACGGCAGGGGCACUGGAAGUGGUGGGCCCCGGGGAGGCGCACGGAAGAGAUCGCUUGCGCGACGCAAGCGAACCGCAAAAGAAAUCAAUCAUCGACGGAGUGUCCCCUGAGGAGCAAGAUGCCGGCGACUACCGUGAAGAGUAGUGAGGCGACUGACCAGCAAAACAACUGUGAUAACGAGGAGGAGGAACCAAAAGACAUGAAAAAUGCGCAUCUCAUUAUCAACGAGCUUCGCACUCGGUGCCGGAAUCAAUCGGAGCAAAUCAUGGCCUGGAAGAAGGCCUACUCGCUGCAGCAAGAACAAACCCACCGAAUGCAGAAGGAAAAGGCGGAGCAGCUGAACUAUCUCACCAGUCAGCUGCUGCUGCUGGAGUCUCGUAUCAUGCGCAAGCAGAAGCAGGUUUCGAACGUCAUCUACCAGCGCGAGCUGACGAUCUACCGGCAGCAGAAGAUCAUCGAGGCGCUCACCAGCCGGCUGAUCGACCACGGCAUCAUGGACGUGGGCAUGGACGCGCCGAUGCACAGCGGAGGCAACAGCAACGACCUGGACUCGCUCAACGACUCCGAUUCGGCGGUGGUGCUCGAGGACGUCGAUUCGGACUGCAACAGCUCGAUCUACUUCGGUGGCGGCGGAAGCAUCAUCAGCGGCGGAGGCAGCCUCAAGUCCCGCUGCGGCUCGAACAAGAUGUCGAACGACGUCACGAUCGUGCGCUCGAUCUCGGACGCGAUCGAGACGAACCUGAAGUACAACAACACCCGGCGCUCGAACUGCUUCCUGCGCCGACCGGAGAUCCUCGAGACCGUGUACAGCGUGGAGGAGGACCCGGAACCGCAGAACGCGGCCGCAUCGCAGGCCUCGACGGGUGUGUCGCCCACGACGGCAACGUCGGCGUCGUCGGGGCCCGCUUCGCCGAAGCCGGAUGCGGUCACCGAGAAGCGGGACAAGUUUAAGAACCGCACGGAAAAGUGCAUCUCGACGGAUCAGCCCGAGCAGCAGACGACGACAGCGCCGGUGAUCAUCACCAGCAGCAGCUGCGACGUCGACUCGGACCGGGACUGCGAUACGCCGUCGGCGUUGGUCGGCGGCGGCUGCAAGGGCCAGGGAGCCGUCACCAACUUCAACCGCGUCAUGUCGAACCACCGAUCGGUCACGAAGCCGAAGGACGUCAAGUACAAGCGCAUCAACAAGGCCAAAUCGAAGAGUCUGGAGGAGCUGCGCGGCCGGCUGAAGCACUGGGUCGAGCGGGGUACCUGCAACGUGAACCUCACGCUCGAGGGCAGCGGUGGCGGGGGGCCGCACCAUCUCAGUGGCCACCUGGCGGAGCACUGUGGCGCCGGAACGCUUCAGCAGGCGCAGGCGCAACAGCAGCCCAACUAUGCCCAGAGCUACGCGUGACCGGAGCCGACGGCCCGCGUUCGGGGCAGCAUUUAAUAGGAGUGCGCGUGGUCGGUGGUUCCAGCGGAAGUGCCCCGCGACCGCCACCACCUUUCCCCGGUCCGAUCCCGUGUGGUCGGCGUUUGUAUAGUUCUGGUGGCGAUCCUCUGGAUCGUCUCGAGUUCCAUCGUGGCCGCUAUCUUUCGCUUCCUGAAGCCGACAUUUCGUGGGCGGCCGCAGUAGCUGGCCUCUCGCCUCCCCUCCCCUUCCCUCCCAGCACAACGGUGACAAAUGUAUAAAAUCAAUUGGAACGAUCCAAUGCUCUGUGCUCCCGUACGGCUGGAACGCUAUUUAUUGUGCUUGCUUAAUUAGAGUUUAAGGGAUCUCGAACGUCACUCGAAAGCGGCCGUUGUAAUGUAUUCGAAAUGAAUUUUCUGACUGAGUCAGGUCGUACCUAAGAAAACACUAGAGCAGAAACAAAAAAACAGAUAGAAGCGACAGACGAUGCUGUCCAAAAAUCGCGCGACGCGGGACGGUCGAAUCAAAACAACUGAACAAUGAUGUAACGAAGGAAUUGCGCCAUCGACUAGCGAUGUCGGCAGAGGAGCGAGUACCAUCCCGUCGGCAAAUCAUUGAUUGAUUGCUCGCCCGGAUGCGCACGAGUUAUCACUACAACUGUUCUUAGUAUUAAGACGCGUGUCGAUACGCAACAAUUGGCUGCUUCAAGCCCUCUUGAAGUAAGCAAGUAGCUGAUGUUAGAUGGUAGACACUUUUUGUACACCAUUCGAAUCGAAAGUGGCUCAAUAAGCUAGGCAGUGGAGGUGGAGUUGGAAUUGAAUUCACGUGUGGAAAAGAAAACUCUCUUGUGUAUAGUAGUAGCAGCCUCUCCUAGUAGCACCUACUUAGAACUACUCGAUGCGUUUAGUGAUGUGGUAGUUGUUAGUGAUCUUCCCUCCCAAAGUAAAACUAGAGAGUGUAUGUUAUACCUAUCCUAGGGUAUGAUCGAGAAAAAGAAUUACAUCAGAACAUUAUAUACUUGAUAUCGAGAAAGAGAGAGAGAGGGAGAGAGAUGAUAGAAAAUAUUUAACAAUGAAAUCUUUGCACCAAUCUCAGGUUGCAAAACGAAUGUUCCUUUCCCGAAAGGAGUCGAGUUUCCGAUCUCCUUUUUACAUUCCCCGAACACUCAUCGUGUGCAUCAUCCUAUCGUAUCCAUCGUUCACUCAUCGUGCACAGGUUUCCUCCCUUGAACGUUUGAGCUUUUCUCACCCGAAAGACUUUUUCCGCUGGUUUCACUAGAACUGUAGCUCCGUUUUUAACUGCACCCUUUUACAAACAACUCUCUAGAGCUGGCAGAUUCAGUUCACCACUCUAUACUUCCCUUUCUUUCCCUUCAGGGACUUACCCUUCAGCGUAGCUCGUAAGGCUUGUACAUAAAACCAAUCGAAUUAUGAAAAAAAAACAUCGAUUGCAAAGUAAAAAUCAAAGUCCGCGAUCCUCAGCAGCGAGGAAAAGAUUAUGAACAAUUAAUUGUAAGU